UCAACCCGCUAUUUUCAUCUUCCGGACUGUCAUACACACGCACGAAAGCGGCAUGGCAGCGGAUAACAUAGCGUCUAAUGGCGGGGAAACGGCGUCCUUGAACGGCGAACCGCCCGCCAAGCGACAUCGGGAAAGUGGAGACGACUGUUCUCUGCCUCGGAUAUUGAAGCCGGAGCCUCACAAUAAAGUGACGGUAGUCCUUGGUGCUCAGUGGGGAGAUGAGGGAAAGGGGAAAGUGGUGGACCUCCUGGCAAUGGACGCGGACAUUGUGUGCAGGUGUCAGGGAGGAAACAAUGCAGGACACACCGUGGUGGUGGACUCUGUGGAGUACGACUUCCACCUGCUGCCCAGUGGGGUUCUGAACAAAAACGCCGUCUCCUUCAUCGGUAAUGGAGUUGUCAUUCACCUGCCCGGACUGUUUCAGGAAGCCGAGAAGAACUUGCAGAAGGGGAAAGGACUUCAGGGCUGGGAGGACAGACUGAAGAUUUCUGACCGUGCACACAUUGUGUUUAACUUCCAUCAGGCUGUGGAUGGGAUUCAGGAGCAGGAGAGGCAGCAGCAGGCAGGGAAAAAUUUGGGUACCACCAAGAAGGGCAUUGGGCCGGCUUACUCCUCCAAGGCUGCCCGUAAUGGACUCAGAGUGUGUGACCUGGUGUCAGACUUUUCUGUCUUCCAGGAGAAGUUUCGUGUCCUGGCAGGGCAUUUUCAGACCAUGUACCCCACCCUGAACAUUGAUGUGGAUGCUGAGCUGGAGCAACUCAAGGGCUUUGCAGAGAGACUCCGCCCCCUGGUGACUGACGGUGUGUACUUCAUGCACAAGGCUCUCACUGGACCCAGCAAGAAAAUCCUGGUGGAGGGGGCCAAUGCCGCCUUGCUGGACAUAGACUUUGGGACCUACCCCUUUGUGACUUCGUCAAACUGCACAGUGGGUGGCGUGUGCACCGGACUGGGCGUUCCUCCGUCCCAUGUCGGUCGGGUGUACGGUGUAGUCAAGGCUUAUACUACUCGAGUGGGGGUGGGAGCUUUCCCCACAGAACAGGACAAUGAAACUGGGUCCCUGCUGCAGUCCCGGGGCAGGGAGUUUGGGGUGACGACGGGACGGCGGCGGCGCUGUGGCUGGCUGGACCUGGUCCUGGUCCGCUACGCCCACAUGAUCAACGGCUUUACGGCUCUUGCCCUUACGAAGCUGGACAUCCUGGACACGUUAUCAGAGAUCAAGGUGGGCGUGGCUUACACAGUUGAUGGAAAGCCCAUUCCCAGCUUCCCCGCGAACAUGGAUGUGCUGACGCGGGUCUCCGUGCAGUACGAGACCCUGCCGGGGUGGUGCUGCAGCACCGAGGGGGUGCGCAGCUUUGGGGAGCUCCCCCUGCAGGCGCAGAAGUACAUCCACUUCAUCGAGGACUUCCUGCAAGUGCCUGUGAAAUGGGUCGGAGUGGGCAAGUCUCGUGAGUGCAUAAUCAAGUUGUUUUGAUCGACCAAGGGAGUUUUGGGUCCAAGUGUCCCAGCGUGUGUUCCUGGAAAGCCAUUUCAAGAAUAGGACCAUGAUGUUUGGUGGACUGGUGCUGAUACAGUGUUAUCAUUGUGCCAGUCGGUCCAGUUAUUUUUAAAAAACCAGUUAAACUAACUUGCUUAGGGUUAAGAGAAAUAGCAGGGACAGCAUCCUUAGAACCCUUCUUGAUUUUUUUUUUUUAAUGCAGAACUAUAAUCUAGACCUCAUUUCAAUCAUAUAUCAUUAUAAUAAAUGUUUUUGUAGGCAUAUUUUGAAGGAGUAACGCAUAACACAUUUCAUUUUCCAACUUUCUUCACUGGCCCAGUAGCUGUAGAUUUUUCUAAGCUAGGUCAUUUUUUGUACACUUAGUUGCAGCUUGAACUUUUAUACAUCUUCAAUUUAAUAAUAAUAUGAAAUACUGUAUUUCUUUUACAUUCGCUUUGUGAAUUUUGAAUCUGAAGCACACUGGCAUUUCAGUUUUACCUUGGGGAACACUUCUGUGGAGAAUUUAGAAUGGAUGGUGGUAUGGAAGUUACAAAAGGGAUUUCAUUUUCACUUCUUUUUCCCUUUUUAAGGGAUCGGCUAUAACGCAUGUAUGUGACACAGACUUGCACCUGUCACCUUGAUUGUAUGUGCAAACGUGUCCAGAAAUCCAGCACACCUCAGCUUGGAUGUACAGUAUUGUAUUGAGGUUCACAAUGGCAUUCCUCAUCAUGUGAUCUUGAGUGUCCCACCAAAAUCUAAUUCACAUUCUCUUUACACUGUCACUGGCUGCUAAUAAAUGUAUUUAAAAAAUAAAUUUUUAAGUGUACUUCCUCUUG